CCCUCCCUCUCUCUCUUUCUCUCUCUCUCUCUCUCUCUCUCUCUCCCGUUAUAAUUAAAACCUUCCUGGAGCAGCUCGAGCGCAUCAGUCUGUCUUUUUUCCUUACGACAGAUGAGUGGAAGAAUUAUUGUGGUGAUAUUGUUCUUCUGGGCUCUCCUGACAUUCGUCACGCCGACACUAGUUCAUCUGUCUGAGUCUUCCAAGCUCAAGCUGAGGCUACAUGGUGAAAAUAUUGAUACCGAAGCAUUGAGGGCCAGAAAAGAGUUUGGAUUCCUGAAGAAACCAUUAGCAAGCAAACCGUUGGACAUGGCACGCACCAAGGCACCAGUUCCGGCAGCAGUUCCAGCGCCGUCGCCAUCACCGGCGCCAGAACCUCAGCCAGCUUCUUCGAGGGUCAACAGGAAUCAAGCUCAAUGAGAUUUUGGACAAGGAAAUCAACUCAGCGUCACAUGGAUUGGUCCUGCAAAAUCUCUCAGCUAUGAAGUGCCUCGCAUUGGACAAUGUUCAGCUAUAUAUUUGCACGUAAGCCGGUUGUGGAUUCAGAUUGAACGGCCAGAGAACUCGAGGGUGAAGCAAAGUGGUCAUGGCCUGGAAGAGAGUUCCACUCAUCAUCACAGCCUCAACAGUGGUUUUGGGGAUGUCUCCUUGAUUGAAUUAGGACGCAAGUUGAAUUAUUCAUCUUUAACCUGAGACUUUUAAUAUUUCAUCAUCGCCCUUCAUACAACUCUGUCACUGUUGUACAUAGACAGGGAUUAAAUUGUUGACAAUAUUGACUGAUUUACUUGUAUUGCCAUAUAACAUUGUACUAAUACGAGUUCGAAUAUCAUCCACCCAAAUUUAGAGGCA